CAAAACACCUCCAUGCGACACGUGGUACCGGCCAACUGUCUGUCAACAAGCAUCAUGGCGGUUCUCCAAUGCCUCGCUCUGCUUAUCUUCGCUUUACCCAACGUAAUAUUCAGUCAAGAGACUUGCAGACAAUAUGCUGGUGGAUCAGUUUUCCCUGAGGACACUGGAAAGACAUCUGGACACUCCCUCAGCUGGAUCAAGGCCGUCAUUUCCAAGCCGGCGCCAUACUGGGAAGGGACAGCCGUAGUGAAGGGAGAGAUCAAGCAACUCAGGCUCACAGACUACCUUGGAAAAUAUGUCGUAUUUUUCUUCUAUCCCUUGGAUUUGUACGUGAGCUUGUGUUCAUCCACAUUCGUUUGUCCAACGGAGAUCAUUGCCUUCAAUGAUCGAUUGGAGGAAUUUAUUGCAUUGGACACGGAGGUGAUUGCAUGCUCUGUGGAUUCACAUUUCACUCACUUGGCCUGGACGAAGACACCAAGGCAGGAAGGUGGACUGGGAAGCCUCAACAUUCCCCUUCUUUCAGACAUGACCCAUCAGAUUUCGAAGGAGUAUGGCGUGUACCUUGAUGACCUUGGUCACACCUUGCGGGGUUUGUUCAUCAUUGACCGAAAAGGGAUCCUGCGUCAGAUCACAAUGAACGACCUUCCAGUGGGACGUUCCGUAGAUGAGACUCUUCGUCUUGUUCAGGCAUUUCAAUAUACUGACACACAUGGGGAAGUGUGCCCAGUCAACUGGCAGCCUGGUGGUGAUACGAUCAUCCCAAAUCCAGAGGAGAAGCUCAAGUACUUUGCCAAGAAGACCAGGAAAGAAGACCUUUAAUGACCUUUCGGCUGUCCAUAUUUGUUACUGUGUUCUCUGAUUUUGGCACUAGAUCUCCUGUUCCCAAUCUGGUUCUGGCCAUGCUUCUGUCUAUUGUUGAAAAUUCUGCAUACUGAGGGGGAAUAACGACUUAAAGUCCUGUGAUUGAGAGCAGACAAAAAUGGCAAUAAAAAGAGAUUUUUCAAC